AUGCUGACUCGGGGCAGUAAAUACCGGUCUAGGAGUGGCUGUCUUACAUGUCGAGCACGCCGUGUCAAGUGCGACGAAACUCAUCCAACAUGCAAGGCCUGUAGCAAGAAAAACCGGCCCUGUCAGUGGGAGGAACCGCACACCAAGUUCAAAGACUAUCGGCCUGGUGGGGCCUCGUCAAGCAAGUUUGCUACGGGUGGCACGGACGAUGAAAAUGAAGCCAGAGACAAUAUGGACGGCGAGGAUGGAGAAGACGAAGAUGAAGAGAUGGAUGGUGCCGACGGUAUUGGUGAAAGAAGUCGCAGCCAGUCCAUCUCCCAGAGAAACAUCCGGAAAAACAGUCAGACCGACGCGGUGCUAGACAGCCCAUACUCCAGCGCGCCUUCCGCAUCGGCCCAGGGAUUUCCGGCUUCGCCAUACUAUGUCAACGAGGCGGACGAUACGAGGGGCCAUGUGUCGAUGGAGACCUUCCUGGCGCAGGAGAGCCAGAUGGACCAACCACCCCUAGGCACCGCAGGCCAUGCAGCAAAUCCCAUUCCUCUAACUCACGAAGAGGCCCUCUUGGUCCAUCAUUACACCGAACAUGUUGCCCGCUGGCUCGACUGUACAGACGCCACCGAUCAAUUCACUCUCGGAGUACCCGAGAAGAUCACCCUUUGUUCCGUCCUUCGUCACGCCGUUAUUGCACUCGCUGCUCGUCACUCUCGGAACGACUCUAUUGCAGACGCGGCCUAUCAGCGCUGCAUCUCGCUAUUGAUCUUGCGGCUGAACGAGGAGGCUGCAAGCCAUGACGAGACCCUUCUAUGUGCCAUCGUCAUACUACACUUCUACGAACAACUCAGCGUUCCCUCAAGUAUAGGGUUGGAAGACGAGCAACAUCUGGCAGGCUGUUCGGCCAUCAUCCGCUCCUCACAAGGACACCAUUUCGUAGACCCUUCAGCACCCACUCUCCGCGAAGCUGCCUUCUGGGUAUACGUACGACAGUGCAUACACAAAGCCACUAUAAACCAACAACCGCUCGAUAUCGAUUUCUCAUUGCAGUUGCACCCAACACCCAGCUCCAUGCGAGAUGCACAUCCAUUGGCACGGUUAAGGUUGGAAACGGCUUGGUCCAACCAAAUGGCAUGGAACCUUGCGCGCGUCGUCAACUUCUGCUUCGAUGGGAACGAGGUAUACGGCGAUAUGCAUUCUAGGGUGCAAUACUGGGAAGAGCUGUGGGAGCUUGUUCAUACAUGGAUGCGGGACAGGCCAGCCGCCUUCAAUCCCCUCUAUCAAGGUCCUACUGAUGAUAGCGGCUCGUUUCCCAAUACCUGGUUUACAACUGAUUGGCAUGCGGUUUCAUUCUGCUACUACCAUUUUGCUUGCAUCAUGCUACUCCGGUUUAGGCCACAUUCAGAUUCAGUAGCUCAGGAUGGCCAUCGAAUAUCUGAAACAGACCACCGAAUCCUAUCGCAUGCACAAGCCAUUUGCGGAGCGGCCAAAAGCUCGAAAGAAGCAGUACCACUGGCAAUUACAGUUCGCCACACUGUUUUCAUUUGGGGCCCGCUUGUAUCAAGUGAGAAACAGAGGGAAGAAAUAGUUGAGAUCUUGGCCGACUUUGAAAGAGAUCACGUCUGGCCAACGACCUGGUUGAUCAAUGCACUCAGAAACCAGUGGGACAUGUCCGGUGCUUCAACCGUCAUUUCUCCAAUGGAACAAUAG